AUGCCCACAGCCCUCGUCCCCAUCAGCGCCGCCGCCGAACGAGACGAGACGGAGGCCGGUCCUUCGCGUGCUGGGGCCCGCGCCUUUGCCGAGGCGCCAGAUCCUGAUGCGGAUGAGCCCGUGCCAGACCUCGCGACUGUGGUGCGUCGGGUGCGCGCUGCCAAGCGUAUUGUCGUCAUUUGUGGUGCCGGCGUGUCCACUGCAGCUGCCAUCCCAGACUUUCGAUCAGCCAGUGGUCUGUUCUCGGGCAGCAAGGGACAUGGCAUCAAGGACCUCUUCCACAUUAAGAGUCUGAGCUCUGCCGCUCUCCUUCCAGACCAUCACGCGCUGCUCACUGACCUAUGUGAACGCGCGACGUCGGCGGACCCCACGUCCUUCCACCACCUACUCGCUACCUUGGACAAUGACGGUCGACUGCUGCGAUGUUACACACAAAACAUUGACGGGCUCGAGGCCCGCGCAGGGCUUGCCACUGGCAUCCCGCUGCAACGGUCGCGUAGCCGCAAGGGCAAGGAGCGAGCAAGCGCCAGUGUGAGCGCUGUGGACACCCCCGUCGACUCGCCCAUCCCAGAGUCUGAGGUGUCGAGCGCACUCGGUGACAUCACUCCCAACACGGAACCGCCGUCCCACCCGCCAGCACCGCGUUGUAUCCCCCUGCACGGCCUGCUGGACAACCUCCAUUGUUCACUGUGUAGCACCAAGGUGCCCAUUACUACUCACCUGCCCCUGCCUCCCCAACCCAUCCCAUGUCCCACCUGCGACCUGUCGUCGUCCCUGCGUUCGGCGCUUUCCGAGCGCCAGCGCCGUGUCGGUACGCUACGCGCCAGCGUCGUCCUGUACGGCGAAGAGCACCCCGAGGGGGACCUCAUUGGGGCGGUUGUGGAACGUGACCUUCGUGGGACCGGGCGGCGCGGCGAGCGUGAAGGCAAGGCCGACCUGCUUCUCGUCGCAGGCACCAGCCUGGCCAUCCCCGGUGUCAAGCGCAUUGUCAAGGAGAUGGCCAAGUCUCUGUCGCUGCGGACGGACGCCUCGGUGAGGGACGGCAAGGCGGCGCCCAUCCGCACCGUCUUUGUCAACUCUGAGCCGCCGGCCAAGACUGCAGAAUGGGACGGUGUGUUUGAUGUGUGGGCGCGCGGCGAUGUGCAAGAGUUUGCAGCGCUCGUCGCCGACGACAGCUUUGCGCCGGCACUCCCAACGCCCAAGAAGACGCCACGCAGGACGCCGCAGCGGGUCAAGGACACGCCGACCAAGGUCAAGGCCGAGGACACUGGUCUCGGGCUGCUCACGCCAGGGGACACGCCGACCAAGCCUCGCAAACGCAAGGUGGACGUCGAGGAGGGAACCCCUACCAAGAAACGCAAACCCGGGCUCCCACUCACACCGCGCCCGACACCGCCCCGUCCUCGGGACAAGGGUGGAAAGGAGUCCAGUGUCAAGCGCGAGUCGUCCUCGUCCUCGUUCAAGGUCGCACCACGCAAGGAAGUGUAUGUCGACCUGUUCAAGCGCGCGCGGUCGCCGUCGCCGUCGACGUCGCCGCGCCAAGUCUUCGCCGACCGCCCCCCUCCUUGCAGCACUCUCCGCCCCUCCACGCCAGAACGCACCAUGGACCUUGACGUCGCGCACCCGCGCUUUGGCGUCAAGUCGCCUCGCGACAUGUUCCAGGCCUUUUCACCGCACGUCUCCCCACACGUGCACUGGGCAGCGUCCCAGUCGCCCACGCGAAUCAUCCACCUCUCCUCGCCACCUUUUGCGACCACCCACGCCCACGCUGCACCCUUCCCGCCUCCAAACCCCAGCAGGCCGUCGGCGACGUCGGCGACGUACGUCGAGGACCUGUUCCGCAAGCACGUCGAUGUGCGCCCGCACCUCCCGGCACCGCACAUCGACCUCCGCCGGCCGGUUGCCGUGCGCUUCUCGCCACCGCCGCCCGAGCGCUUGUAA